AUGCACCCAAAUACUUCUACAGCACAUUUUCCAGAUCUGGCUGUUGAGCUCGUCGAGUUGAUCGCCAGCUUCCUCGGGGGCGAUAACUUGCUUGACCUUCGCCUGGUCUGUCGGAAGCUUCAGAAGAAAACAUUCCACCAGUUUGCACGGCGAUACUUCUCCUCCAUCAAGACCGAUCUCUCUGCGGAAAGCCUCGGGCGCAUUCACGCUCUAUCCCGGAAUCAAGCCCUGCGUCCCUACGUGCACGGGUUGGCUUUUAUGCUACAGAAUGGCGUGGGUCGCGGUUUGAUUUGGGACCGGCAUCCCUGGGGCCCCUUAUCAGCGCCCAUGGAGAUCGAAGCGAUACGGCAGCUACGUGACAAUUUGGUCCAUAACUUGACGAACUGUCGAUCAUUUUUCAUCUUCUGUCGAUACCCGGAAGGCCAUCCGGAUAUGAGCCGAGUCACAAUCACUGACGCCGUGGCGGUAUUCUUUGCACUCAUCGUCGACGCCGAACUACCGCUUUCUUCAUUCCAUCUUGUCUAUGCUAAUAAAUACUCCCGCACAUUAAUUAUGGAUAUGCGACGACUUCCUAAACUCCUAUAUCGACAACCAAAGUUCAAAGCAGUCUGGUCAAACUUGCAGAAACUAUCUUUGGAACAAUACCUCACACUGGACAACUUCAAUUUCCUCCUGGAGCUCGUUCUCAAUGCACCGAAUUUGCGGACCCUUCUAUUAAACUUAGGGUCUCAUGAUUUGGCAUGUGAAUUUAUGCAUGAGCUUGCCGAAACUGCCACUUUCUCUCAGCUUCAUGAACUAGCAUUGUUCCGAACAGCUGUUAGAGUGCCUGACCUUCAAAGGCUUCUCGAUAGCCUUCGAGGCAGUCUUGCUGCGUUGACAUUAUAUCAUGUAUCUCUCACUCCAGAUGAUGACUGGAUUCCGAUUUUGAAAGACCUCGGUCGCAACUUCAAGUCGUUACAGAGCAUUUCGUUAUACUACCUUUGGGCCACGGCGCCGACACGGGAACUUUUUUCGUUCCCGGACAUUCGCAAAACCCCUGGACUCUGUGAUACACCGGAUCAACGCCUGCAAAUAUUUUACUCGGAAAAUAUCAAAGCCCCAUCUGUUCUUGGGGUCGAGUAUUCUGGGUCAAAAAUGCCGCAAGUUUUGAGCCUGCUACAAACCACAUCACAGCAUACGUGA